CACUUUUGGCGAAGUUUUUCUGACUCUUUUCGGCGUUUUUGUGGCAUUUUUUUCAUCUUACUUCCACAGCUCCUGAAGCCACCAUGUCGAGUUGUUGCUAUGGUAACGUUAGUAACGGACGCAGAGAGACAGAGAGAGAGAGACUGGCUAACGCACAAACAUAAUAUCACUUUAACUGACAGUUUCUACUAUGGCGUCGAAAAACAUCGACCCUUUAUCAGUUGAGGAGCCUUCAGGAGCUGUUGAAGAUGAGGAGGAGACGGAGGAAGAGCACACAGCGGCAGCAGGAGGGUGGAGCCGGGAGACUCAGGUUCCUGGGAAGGUGUUACGGGCUCACAGUGACGCCGUGACGGCCGCGCGACUCUGCUUCAACGACCGCUGCCUCCUCAGCUGCUCCGCCGACCGCACCGCCAUCCUCUGGGACGUGGCGAGCAGCAGACCUCUGAGGGUGUUUGACGGAGUUCACAGUAAAACCAUCACAGAGUGCGCUCUGAUCCCAAACACCAACAGGAUGGUGACAGUCUCCUGGGAUAAGAAGAUGGUGUCCACAGACCUGGAGACAGGACAGACUCUGUGGAGGAGGCGUCAGGCCGGCCUGCUGACGUCCUGCAGCUCCUCUCCAGACGGCCGGCUGCUCGUCUGUGCUUCAGAUCCCCAGAACGGCGUUUACAUCAGCGACGCAGCCAGCGGACAGACGCUGCACCACGUCAACGAUCAUCACCGCUCCACCAUCACGCGGUGUGUCUUCGACCCCCAGAGCCAGCGCGUGGCCUCGGUGUCUGCAGACCGCAGCAUCAAACUGUGGGACCUGCUGGCUCACAAGACCACGGUCAACAUAGACAGUAACCACGGCAACGUGGUCUCUGACUGCUGCUUCUCCACCAGCGGGUACUUCCUGUGCACGGCGUCGUGGGAUAAGAGUUUAAAGCUGUGGGACCUGCAGGCCGGAGGGUUCCGGUCUCAGGGCGGGACGGCGCUGCAGAGAGGCCACGAAGGCAGCGUGAGUUCCUGCAGCUUCUCUGCCGACGCCAGCCUGCUGGCGUCUGGCUCCUAUGACAGGACUGUUGCACUCUGGGAUAUGUUGUCCCUCUGCCAGACUCUCAUCCUGAGGGGCCACAGUGAUUGGGUGACAGAUGUGUCAAUCAGUGCUGACAGGAAGUUGGUGGCCUCUGCCUCCAAGGACAGGACGGUGAGGUUAUGGAACAUCCAGAACAUGGAGGAAAUCCCACAAGUCCUGGAGAAGAGGAGGACAGAAGGAACAGGAAUCCACAUCCUCAAGGGCCACAGUGAUUGGGUGACAGAUGUGUCAAUCAGUGCUGACAGGAAGUUGGUGGUCUCUGCCUCCAAGGACAGGACGGUGAGGUUAUGGAACAUCCAGAACAUGGAGGAAAUCCCACAAGUCCUGGAGAAGAGGAGGACAGAAGGAACAGGAAUCCACAUCCUCAAGGGCCACAGUGAUUGGGUGACAGAUGUGUCAAUCAGUGCUGACAGGAAGUUGGUGGUCUCUGCCUCCAAGGACAGGACGGUGAGGUUAUGGAACAUCCAGAACAUGGAGGAAAUCCCACAAGUCCUGGAGAAGAGGAGGACAGAAGGAACAGGAAUCCACAUCCUCAAGUGUGAGGAGUGUAGAAAGGCCUUCCCAGUGUCCAGGCUGCAGACCUCCGAGCUGCUGACUCGCUGCGUCUUCUGUCGACUCAAAUCACCCUCCAGGUACCGACCGCAGCCGCCGCCGCUCAUGUGACUUCCUGUCCCGGGGGUCAGAGGUCAGAGGUCAGCCACGCAGCAGCAGCAGCCUAGGCAAGAGUACACCUGCUUGUUACA